AUGCGCUCUCCAGUCACCGGAGCCUUGUGGCUCUAUGGACUCCUUUUGGCGACUAGGAUUUCUGGAGUCUGCGGAGAUACAAAACCGAAUUUCAUGAGCGUGCGAAAGAAUGUAACAAAAGAGUAUAAAAGUGAACGUGAGAUACCGAAGGAGAAAUACUUUCGUAAGUGCAAUUCUUCCGUCGAUCAUGAUCUACAGCCCCACGGCCUAAUGAAUCAGAGUAUCUUCGGUCAUCAUUAUGACGGCCGAUACGCCAAUGCUAGUCUCCCAGAUACGAAAGUCAUUCCAUAUCUCUCGGAUCUAAUCCAGACAUAUUUCACAACAAUGAACGCAAUCGGCGCAGAGACGUGGAUCAUGCAUGGGACUCUCUUAGCCUGGUGGUGGAACCAGAAGCUCUUCCCGUGGGAUGACGAUCUAGACGUGCAGAUCUCGGAGCCAACGAUUCAUUUCUUGGCAGAGUACUAUAAUAUGACCGAGCAUCAUUUUGACCUCCCCAACGUCGACGGUGGCCGUAAAUACAUGCUCGAGGUCAAUCCCAAUUAUGUCGUCAAAUCGGAGAGAGACACUUUGAAUAAGAUUGAUGCCCGCUGGAUUGAUAUGUCGUCCGGUCUUUUCAUUGAUAUCACUGCUGUCCGCAGGGAUCAGGCUGCGCGGCUGAAUGGUCGUCCGGAAGCGCUAAUGUGCAAGGAUAAGCAUAACUAUGAUGAGAGUGACAUCUUCCCGCUGCGUGACAGUCUCUUCGAGGGUGUUCCGGUCAAAAUCCCAUACGCUUAUACAUAUAUCCUCGAAGAAGAGUAUGGCCCAAGGGCACUCACUCGAACAAGCUUUUAUGGUUACAUCUUCAAUGAACGGACCAGGAUUUGGGAGUCCGCGACGCGUAAAUCCAAGCGCUCCCUUUGA